CAAGAGAAGCAAGUGAAGCACCUCUCUCUCUCUCUCUCUCUCUCUCUCUCUAUCUAAAAAGAGAACAAAAAUGAGUGCUUCAUACACAAACCCAGUCUCACCCUUUCACUGUACCACUACUGAUAAUAAUGUAAAACAAAUACAAAAUUCAAUUCAAUUAAAGAUAGUCCCCAAUCCCAAAUUCACAAACAAUUCUAUGCCAUUUCAAGCAAUUUGCUUUCGCAAGCCUCCUCCUCGUUUCUCUUCCAUGGAAGCCAGGGCAUCUCCAACACCAUCCAUGCCCAAAACGGUUGGUGGUGAUGCUGAGGAAGUUCUUCCCCCUAUUCUUGAUUCUAGCUCUGACCCACCACCUCUUUUUGAUGGAACUACAAGGUUGUACACCUCUUACAUUUGUCCGUAUGCGCAGCGUGUUUGGAUUGCACGGAAUUACAAGGGUCUGCAAGAGAAGAUCAAAUUAGUUCCUAUUGAUCUUCAAAAUAGGCCAGAUUGGUACAAGGAAAAAGUCUACCCACCAAAUAAGGUGCCAUCACUGGAGCACAAUAAUGAAAUUCGAGGAGAGAGUCUUGAUUUGCUAAAAUAUAUUGAUAGCUACUUUGAAGGACCAGUUCUUUACCCUGAUGAUCCCACCAAGAAAGAAUUUGCUGAGGAGUUGCUAUCCUACACAAACACCUUUAAUCUGGCCGUGAUCACUUCACUGAAGGGAGGAUCUGAAAAUGAAAUCAGUACUGCUUUUGAUUACCUCGAAUCAGCUCUCUUCAAAUUUACUGAUGGACCGUUCUUCCUUGGUCAGUUCAGUCUAGUCGACAUUGCAUAUGCUCCAUUCAUAGAAAGAUUUUAUCCCUUAUUGCUGGAUGUAAAGAAAUAUGACAUCACAACAGGAAGACCUAUGCUGACAUCAUGGAUUGAGGAAAUGAACGAAAUCGAGGCCUACAAACAAACCAAAAGAGAUCUUCAGGAGCUUAUCGCUGUCUUGAAGAAGCGUUUUUCGAUAAACUGAAUUGCUUGGUAAUGUGGUGUAGAGUUUCCCCUUCAUAUCUUCAGCCUUUUGGAAGAUAUAUGGUUAUACUGGUAGUUCUUUGUUGCUAGUGAUUAAGAAUUAAAACUAGGUAACUAGACCAUUCCAAUUUGGAAUAUAUUUGUAAUUUUCCUUUGGUGAUGUUAUAAUUGACUUUGUAUAUAUAUAUUUGAUGGGGUGCAUUGGGACCCUGUUGCAACAGAACACUUUCUCAAAGAUCAUAUGAACAGAUGGUGAUUAAUCACAUAAUUUAUCACUCUUCUAAUGUUGUCACAAA